UUCUCUAUAGUCUAACUCUCACUGCACGGACUCUCUCCCCAACCCAAUUAUAUCAUUAACGAAAAUUCUUUGCAUUUGUCGCCGAUGAUUCGCCAUCCGUGAAUGAUGUGGAAGAGUACAACCAGAUGGUUCCGGGGACUUUUGGGUGCCAAAAAAACGUCAGAUUCUUCGCCGGUGUCUAGUGGGACAGAUUCCCGGCCAUCAAAGGAGAAGAAGAGGUGGGGUGUCGUCAGAUCAUUCAACGCCAAUGACCGUAGCAUUGGCGGGACCACAGGGUCCUCUGCGGUGGCUGCUUCUUCUGGUAAGUGCGUCGAAGUCGUGGAUGCAAACAAGCACGCGAUAGCGGUGGCCGCAGCAACAGCGGCGGUGGCCGAGGCUGCACUCGCAGCGGCUCAUGCGGCGGCAGAGGUCGUGAGGUUAACCAGCAGUGGGAGUAGACCCGCCACGGCUCAUUUUAGUGGGAGUGACAGGUGGCGAGAAUCGGCCGCUGUGAAGAUCCAGUCGGCGUUCCGAGCUUAUCUGGCUAGGAGGGCAUUGAGGGCACUUAAGAGUUUGGUGAAGCUUCAGGCAUUAGUGAGAGGUCACAUUGUGAGAAGGCAGAGUGCAGAUAUGCUCCGACGCAUGCAAGCAAUGGCCCGAAUCCAGGCCCGAGUCUGUUCGAAUCGCGCUUACAUGUCAGAGUCCUCAUAUUCUAAUAGCAAGUUCUCCCAACCCCACCACCAAGGCCUGAAGAAUACCAAGAAAAACGACCACCAAUUUCGUGCAUAUAGUACCAAUUUAGACGGGCCUUCAAUCCUAAAGAGAUGUAGUUCAACAUCAAACAUCAAGGACAUUGUCUACCUGGAAAAAACGCAUCUGAAGUCCAGUUGGUUAGACCAUUGGAUGGAAGAAUGUCCGUGGGAUAGUCAUAAAGACACCUCGCUUAAUACUAAGGUUGUCAAUGAUGAGAACAGUGACAAGAUCCUUGAAGUAGAUACUUGGAACCCCCUCUUGAAACCCCAACGAAGUAAGAGUUCCUUUCAGACAUCGAAACAUGUUUCAGCUUGGAAUUACAAUGAUCAGGCCUUCACAACGCUGGACUCUUUAUCAAGACACAGUGUACAAUCUAAGGAACCGAAUCCACGUUUAUCUUCCACGGAAAUCCCAUCUUUAAGGUCCCUAAAUUUCCCUACGGAAGCAGAAGCUGCUGCUGCAUGGACUGCCAUGAACAGCCCACGAGUGUAUUCUGCAUUGUCUAGGCCCGGAAGUAGUGCUAGAAGAGGUCCCUUCACACCUGCGAGGAGUGAAUGCUCACAAGGAUUUUUUAACGGUUACUCUAGUCAUCCAAAUUACAUGGCUAACACAGAAUCUUCUCGGGCUAAGUUCAGGUCCCAAAGUGCCCCCAGGCAAAGGAUGCAGUUAGAGAAACCUGGUUCAGUGAAUAGGUUUGUUCGUAGCUAUUGGGAUGCAGACGCCCAUCCAGAGAGGGGUGUGGAUUUGCAUGCUAACUUCCGGACCGGAGCUUAUCCAGGCUCCAGCAAUUUGGAUAGACUUCAGAUGCCAGUUCAAAGUGACGCUGCGAGUUUGAAAUCUGUUUAUGGCAGCAGAUUCUAGAGCUGUGGUUGUCUAUUUCCUACCAUAGUUCCAAUGAGAUCUAACUUUCCAUCAUCAACACCACCUGCAGUCACUGGUUGUCUUAUCUUCCUGUGUAGGUUAGUUUGUGAUGUAUUCUAUAUGUAAUAUAAGUAUGAUCAAAUGUUGCUUUGUAGAAUGUCAUCCGUGUGCGACAAUGCACAAAGGUGAAAAGUGGAAGAUUGUGACAAUGUAUCUGAAGCUUUGUGUUGGCAACUUUUACAUUUUUUUGUUGCUCGGUAAAAUAUGAUACAAAGAUUAAGCCUCUAAGAUUCGAUGAAUUCAGGUCUUAAUUA